CUCACAACUUUUUAAUAUCCCAAAACUACCCAUGACUAAAACCCUAUAUGCUCUCUGCUUCCUCUCGCCUCUCGCCUCUCUGCUUCGUCGGGGUCGUUGCCUCUGUGCUUGGUCGUCGCCACCGUCGUCCAGUGCAUUUCCAAUCGCUGCCACCGGCUUCACUGUAUUCAUCCCAGAAACCAUGGCAGAAGAGGAGCCCAAGCCCUUGAACUAUAUUCCCGAGACUAUCUUGAAGAAACGAAAAAGCAGCGAAGCGUUGGCCUUGAGGAAAAGGGAUCAACUUCAGCAGAAGAAGUUCCAAACAAAGAAUUCCAAGGAUUAUGUCAAAAAACCUGAGGAUUUCAUCAUUGAGUAUCGAAACAAGGAGCUUGACCUUGUUAGAAUGAAACGACGAGUCAAGAGAAUCAAGAAACAACCAGAGUUGUUGAUGCCAAAUUCAAAUUCAAAGUUAUUAUUAAUCAUUCGGAUUCAAGGAAAAAAUGACAUGCAUCCAAAAACCCGCAAGGUCUUAGACAAAUUGAAUUUGAAAAGAGUAUUCAAUGCUGUUUUUGUGAAGGCAAGUGUGGGAAUUAUGGCAAAGCUGCAGAGGGUCGAACCAUAUGUCACCUAUGGGUAUCCUAAUAUUAAAAGCAUAAAGGAACUGAUCUACAAGAAGGGAUUUGCAAAAUUAGACAAUCAGAAAGUUCCUCUGACGGACAAUAACAUUAUUGAACAGGCAUUAGGAAAGUAUGGAAUUGUGUGCAUGGAAGAUAUGGUCCAUGAAAUUGUUAAUGUUGGUCCACACUUUGAAGAAGUUGCCAGUUUUUUGUGGCCCUUUGAACUCAGCAAACCAGCUGAUGGUUUGCGAGGAUCAAAAACUUUGUACAAGGAUGGUGGAGACACUGGGAACCGGGAAGAUCUCAUCAAUGAACUAAUCGACAAAAUGAAUUAAAUCAUGUCACACUUGUGGAGAAAUUUUUAUCUUGUCUUGGCACCAUUUCAUUUCAAAGAUUUUGCUGAUUUAAUAGACAUAUUGGAGUAUCUGGUAUAGGUCUUGCUUGUUCUUCCGCUCCAAGUAUUGUAACAGGUAGAAUGAUUAGAGCUGUUAGACGUGUUCAAACUCAGACAAGGCUACUUUGUUAUAAAUUAUGAGCCUUUCACUUUUUGGUA